UGGUAUCAUCAAUUGUCAAGAGUGGUUCUAAGACAGGAUACACAACAUUUUUAGUUAUUGGUCCAGAAUUUCUCAAGAAUGACAUUCGCAUUAAACCUGAUUUUGAUGCUCUUGGAGUUUUGGAUGAUACUGGGUGGUACUGCACCAGGGCAAUCUUAUGGGCUAAUGAAUAUGAACUGCCUAAAACAGCAACGACUUUGCCUUAG